GGGGCAGCGCUGGCCUUUCUCACGUGACGGUCCACGUGGCCGCUCGGCUCGUUCAGCCGCUGCUGCUUCUGUGUCUCGGUGGCGGAGUGGGGGAGGCUCUGCUUUGUGCCUCGUCCCGGGCGUUUUGGGGGUGACCGUCGAAGCCGGAGGAAGGCCCAACGCCACUACCGAGAGGGACUCCCCGGUCUGGUUCUCUCAAGCCGAGUUAAAGGGUAGAGAACAAAAGGCGGGGGAAACAUGCCCGAGGGUGGCCUGGGAGUGGCUGUGAACCGGGCACGAGUCGCCAGGAGACCCCCAGGACACAGACUGAGCAGGAAGGGGCUCGGCGCCUGCUCGUGCCCGGGGCUUCCCGGCUCUCAAAUCGUCCGCCAGCCUAGUGGCCGAGCGUAGAUCCUCUGAGACUUACCAACAUCCAUGAAUCCCAUUAGACUGCAGGAAACCAGCCAGUUAUCUGCAAAUGUCAGGAUUCACUUCAAAGUCUGUAGGUUCAUCAUGGAAGCAGGUGUGAAGUUAAGCCUGCGCUCUGUCCCCAUUGCUACAGCGUGCACCAUUUAUCACCGAUUUUUUAUGGAGGUGCCUCUGGAGCCAUAUGAUCCUUACUUGGUAGCUAUGGCUGCACUGUAUCUGGCUGGAAAGGUAGAAGAACAGCAUUUGCGGAUAAGAGACAUCAUCAAUGUGAGCCACAGGUACUUGCAUCCUCGGAGUGACCCCCUGGAAUUGGACACACAUUUCUGGGAGCUGAGAGACAGCAUUGUCCAGUGUGAGCUGCUCAUGCUACGUGUGCUCUGCUUCCGUGUCUCCUUCCAGCACCCCCAUAAGUACCUUCUUCAUUAUUUACUGUCCCUGAAGCACUGGAUGAACCGGCAUAGUUGGGAGCGGACCCCGGUGGCGGCAGCAGCUUGGGCUCUGUUGCGGGACAGUUACCAUGGACCCCUGUGCCUCCAGCACCCUCCACAGCAUAUUGCUGUCACAGUCCUUUACCUUGCUCUGCAGUGUUACGGAGUGGAAGUACCUGCUGAUGCUGAAGCCGAGCGACCGUGGUGGCAGGUGUUCAGUGAAGAUCUUUCCAAACCUGUUAUGGACCAGAUAGUCUUGGAACUGAUACGAGUCUACACUUUGGAUGCAGAGAUCUAAGUAUACUUCCAGCCGAGGGUCUGUACUGAAUUAUCGUGUUUCAAGCUGGGAUAAUGGUGGAAGUAUUACUGAUACUUGAAGGGAUGGACACCAGAAGUGCAUCCUGUUCUUUUGAGACAUCCCACUGAACAGCGCUAGAGUUGAACAAGCAAAGCAACUUGAUAGCGCUGAGGAUCUUCUAAUGGAAUCGCUUUCCAAUGGAGAGUUCAUCUGGAACUAAUUUUCCAUCGCCCACAAAAGGAACAAUGUUCUGAAUUGAAGUUUGUGGAAUGAGGAAAUGAGUAAAAAAAGAUUCUUCAAGUAAAAUGUGCUGGCAAGAUAUUUAACUUGUGUUUCUCGAGUAGUUUCCCAAGCCUCAGUGCAAUCAUUGCCUUGUGCUGACCUUGUUGUGAAAUUAUUUAUUUAUUAAAUUUUUGUGCUGCCCAUUUCAUCUAGAUGCGACUCUAGGCAGCUUACAAAUAUUAAAAGCCAGUAAACGUUAAAAUGAUAAAAUAAUAUAUAACAACAAUAAAAAUUAAAAGAUGGGGAGGAGGGGAGCAUGAAAUACAUCGGGAGAGUUGGGAUCUUCUCUUAAUCCAAUAGCCAUCUCCAGAAUGGUGCACCCCCAUUGGGGCCCCAUGCCAACUGUCAGAUCAGUAGGGUGAGUGCAGAUCUCACCUCUUGUCGUAUGAGUUCCAGAGGGCAGGAGCUGCCGCAGAAAAGGCUCUUCUGGACCUUACCAGCAGAAAUUCCUUAACUGUAGCAUGCCCCUUUUGCCAGCAUAAGUGGGGUGGGUCGAACCCAUUGGAGUGAGACGGAUCCUCAGAUACCGUGGGGCUUUAAAGGUGUUAACCAAUUUGAAUUGUAUCUGGAAACAACCGGCAACCAAUGCAGCUCACGUAACAGUGGUAUAAUGUGGGUACCCUGAGAGCCACAAAAAUUCCCACGCUGCAUAAUUCUGCAACAGUUGUAGUUUCUGAAUACUCUGCAAGGGUAGGCCCGUGUAGAGCAUAUUGCAAUAGUCUAGGCAUGAAUGGACUAGGGAUUGAAUGACCGGAGGACUCCUAGGAAAGGUUGCAACUUUGGCACAACACAGAGUUGUACAGAGGCUCUCCUAGCCACGAUUGCCAACUGCUCUUUGAGCAGGAGUCACAAGUCUAGGAGAACCCCCAAAUUGUGCACUGGGUCUGUCUGAAAGAGUGCAACCCAGUGGUGAAAUGUAAAAUUUGUUACUACCGGUUCUGUGGGUGUGGCUUGGUGGUGGUAAUGUGACUGGGUGGGUGUGGCCAACUUUUAAAAAAAUUACUUUUAAAAGCAUUUUUUUUUUGCCUUUAAAAGAAAAAAAGCCUCUGAUGAUCAGGCAACUCAGCUGGGAUCGUCAGAGCAUUUUUUCAUCCAAAGAAAAAAUGCUUUUAAAAGUAAAAAAAAAAAAGCUCUGAUGAUCGCGUAGCUCAGCUGGGCAUGGGAGGGCGCAGGGAUUUUUGCUACCGGUUCUUCGAAACACCCGCCGCCAUUGCUACCGAACCGGGAGUAUUUCAUCCCUGGUGAAACCGCACCCAGAACUAAAGAUGCCAAAGUCCCAGAUGUCAAAGCUCCAUGUACCCAAAGCCAUUCAGUCUUGCCAUCUAGAUCCCCACAGCCUCCAGGCACUGAGAGGGCAGCAAUAGCAUCACUUGGGUCACUAGGGUGGAGAUACAGAGUUGGGUGUCAUCUGUGUACUGAAGAUACUUCAACCCAUGGUGAUGGAUGCCCUCACCCAGUGGUUUCAUUUGGAUAUUAAAAAGGAGUGGACAGAGUACCAAGCCCUGCAGGGUGGAUUUGAUUCAAAUCACGAUUUAAAUCACUAGUAAAAAGUCUUGAUUGAAACCAACUCAAUUUAAAUCAGAAUUUUUAAAGAGUAAUUGUCAUUUCUGUCCCACAGUGGCUCCUCCUCUGACCUGCUGUUGAUUCACUGAGAGUCCCAAUAUUGCAGAAUAUACAGCCUCUUGCUACAUAACUACAUAACUUUAUUUCAUGCUGAAUAAACUAAAUUAUUAGUGCAUCUUAAAUAGAAAACUAUCUUUAGAUAGAUUUUUACUCCAAAAGCAUUUUAUUAAAAUACAUUUGAUAAAAAUAAAUUUUAAAAAUCUGAUUUAAAUAAAAAAAAUCAGAUUUUAAUUUUAAAAAAAUCAUUGAUUUUUAUCUACCCUGAAGCCCUGUGGUAUCCCACAAAGGAGUGACCAUGGGCUGGAUUGGUUCAUAUCAAAACUGAUUGGGACUGGCCUUAGAGAAAGAAGUCAAACCAGUGCGAGACUGAGCCACCCAAUUCCAUACCCUGCAGCUGAUCCAAAAGAAUAACAUUAUUGAUGUUAUUCAGCGGUCAAGGAGAGUAAGGAUGGUUGCACUACCAUAUCCCGCUCUUGCCAGAGGUCAUUGACAAGUGAGGCCAGGUGCUGUUUCCGUCCCAUAACAGCAUGAAUCCUGACUGAAAAGUGUCAAGAUAAUCCAUUUUAUAUAAGACCCUCUGAAGCUGCCAAGCAGCCACCUUUUGGGAAACUGGAUGAAAAUUGUGGGAUCAAGAGAAUUUUUUUUUAGGAGGUGGCAAACUAGGACCUCCUUAAAUGGCCCUGGGAAUAUCUCCUGCAGUGAGGAAUUUUAUCAGUGCUUGAACUCACCUGGCAGUUAUCAUCCUGGAGGCUUUCACCAAUUGGAACGGACAAGGUUAUAAUUGACAGGUGGUUGCACUGAUAGCAUCAAGGACCCGGUCUGCUUCAUCAGGUCCAACAGGAUCAAACUGUUCCCAGAUAAAUGGGCAAGACUUUCCCCCAGCAUCUCACAUGGACCAGCAGCAGUGGUGGGUUGCUACCGGUUCACCCCAGUUCGAGUGAAGCGGUGGCAGUGGCGGGAGGCUCCACCCACCUGCCCAGAUGUCAUCAAAAAUGCUCUGCGCAUGACAGAACCUUCUGCGCAUGCGCAGAAGCGCCACGUGCUUGCAAAGCAAGGGCACACACCUGUGCGCUACCAAUAGCGAACCGGUAGUGCCGGGAUUUCAAACUCACUACUGACCAGCAGCAAGCAGGUGUUCCAACUGGGAAUGAAUCCAAGCAAUUUUAUGUGGAACAAAUUUCUCUGUGAGGCCUUAGAGAUGACCUCCCCCACCACAAAGGCCUCCUGCUCUAGGAGGGACCGAGUGAUACUGAAGGGUGGAGAAAUGAUGUUUUAGUUAAUAGCAGCGCUAAGUUGUGUCUGGUCAUAGUGAUCUCUCAUUUUUCACCAGUGGUGCUCUAGGAAUAUCUUAAUCCUUUUCAGAACCUGCAGGUAGCAAUGGGUUAAGAGGCUGCACGGCAGUGGUGGGUUUCAAAUUUUUUUUACUACCGGUUCUGUGGGUGUGGCUUGUUGGGCAUGGCUUGUUGGGCAUGGCUUGUUGGGCAUGGCAGAGAAAAGAUACUGUAAAAUCUCCAUUCCCACCCCAAUCCAGGAAGGUUACUGCAAAAUCUACAUUUCCUCCCAAUCAGUUGGAACUUGGGAGGCAAGAGAAUAGAUGGGGGCAGGGCCAGUCAGAAUUUUUACUACCGGUUCACCGAACUACUCAAAAUGUCUGCUACCGGUUCUCUAGAAAUGGUGAGAACCUGCUGAAACCUACCUCUGCCGCACGGGCGCCAUCCUGUCCAAAGCCUCAGCCUUUGAUUCCAGAAUGUUACUGGACCUUUGGCAGGACUGCAACAAAGCCCCUACGAUAUCCCUCAGUUCCCUCUGGAACCCAUUCAGGUCCAUCAGUUGUCAGAGGCAGACUGCUUGAUUGAGUCCAUGUGGAGGGGAAGGGCACAGGAGAAGCUGAAGGACAGGGUGUGAUCUGACCAUGACAAGGGGGAAACAGACUGGUCCACCGGGUCACAUUGCCAUUGCUCUGACAAGAAAACCAUGUCUGGCAUGUGGCUACUCUACUGUCCUGAGUUGGACCUGAAAUGAUCUGCCAUGGUAGUCAUUGAACUGGAUUGCUUCUGAGGCCAAGCCCAGGGAUGGCAGAUUAAAGUCCCCCAGGACCAUAAGCCUUGAGGAAUUCCUCUACCAUCAUUGAGAGGGCCUCCAGCAGCUCAAUCAGGGAGGCUGCAUAGCAGCAGCAACACAUCUGAUUCUGUGAGCCCAGCUUCAGGAACAGUAUCUCAAAGCCAGAAACAUGGAGAGCAAGUCUCUUGAAGGCCAAAAAAGAUCCUCCCUCCCCAAGUCCCCUGCCCUGGGGUCUUGGCUUGUGCCAAACCAUAAACUCCUGGGCACAUUUCCAAGAGGGGAACACCCACCCCUUCAAAGUCAGCCAGGUCUUGGUGAUGCAUGCUCUUCCUCAAUAAGGUCUUGGAUGAGGGGAGCCUUAUUCUUGACUGACCUGGCAUUUACAGGUCAGCAGCAGCCAAAUCUCAGCACUUCAGUGUAAAAAUACCAUCAGCUUAUUGCUUAGUUUACCUAACAGAUUUAAGGCACACCAGAAGCCAACUUAAAACGUUUAAGGCACACCCUGGCAUCAAAUUUAGUUUGGUCCUCCCAACUUUUUUCAUCUUUUGCUAGCAAUCCUUGAUCAUCACACUGUAAAUCAUUAAAAGGAUAUUUUCAGUUAGGUGGAUAUGUUGCAUAUUAAAAAAAUUGGUAAAUCCCAUGUGUGAUGCAUUGGGAUCUGAAGGACAGUUUGAUUCCAUUGUUGCGUUUUCUUCAGUUGUAGAUUAAAAAAAUAGAAGGAUCAUUAAACUGUAUUUUUGUGUUUCAGGGUCAAAUGAAACUGCAUGCCCAGGAGAAGUCUACCAUUUGUAAUCUUCUGAAUUUGUGUUCCUUCUGAUAAUAGAAAUACUUAUUGAAAGAAGGCAUUGGGGUGAGAAGUUGAGGAUAACAACCAUAUCUUCUCAUUUUUCUAGUUAAUUGUGCAGAGGAAUUACGAUUCAUUCCAAUUCUGUCUUGGGUUUUGGUUCUCCAAUUUUCUGAUUUGUGUUAAAGGUCUCUUUCUGAUUAUAAAUUGACUCCCAUCUUUAUGCAGUGUGAUUGGAAUAUACUUGGGCUAUAUACUUUAUACGGAAUAAUUUAAUAUCCUCAGGAAGGGAAGACUUGUGGAGGUCCAUUAACCUGAUCUCCUAAUUUAGAGAAAGGCUGAUAAUGCCAUCUGGUGUUUUUAAAGUGUUUAGCAGAAAUUGUCUUCUUUUUUAUGCUUUUCUCUCCAAUGAUAAGGCCUAGAAACCCCUUUUCCACUAACUACAUGGUUUUAUGGGAGCUACUCUAUACGCUAUCCUAUAGAAUUAAUGCUGUGAUUGGAAUAACUAUUGGAACAGCCUGCCCCACAGAACUAAUAGAACCCAUUGGGUUCCAGAGGGAGUUUAUGGUUAUUCUGAAAAACCUGCUAUUUGGUCUGAUUGCAGCCUUGGCUGCAUGGAAUACCAAAGCAUUGGUGGCUUUAGAUUGGAUCACUCCUGAAUACCCUCUCCCUGCCCAGGGUUUCCACCACUCCCUGUGGUAUAUGAUAGAAUUAAGGGAAUUUAAGCAGGCUAAGAGAUGCCUAAAGUGUCACUGACAAAAGACACGGAGCAAAGACAAUUGGAUACAGCUAGAGCCACUGUUAAGGCCUGCCUUAUAGCAAUAAGGGUGGCAAAAUAUAACUAUUCUGCCCUUAUUGUGUCUGCUGAUAGUCACCCAGUAGCCAAUUUCAGGUGACUCAGUCUCUUGGAGGGAGCAAUGCCAAAGUCCACCUAAAGCAGGGGUCUCCAACCUU